GACAGAAAAACUCAGAAGCUUAGUAAGUUUGAGCUGUUAGAACCCGUACCAGACUAUUUCCGUCUAUGAUCUUAUAAUUCUUUGCCUCGAUCGUCAAUGUACACACAGAAACGAACUUGAAGCCAUUUGUAAACAAACCAGUCGCCCUGGAAAACACAAUCGUGGUUAUCUUCUUGGAGACGUGGCUUUGGACUCGUUUUUAUUAUCACAUUUCCGUUGUUUUAACGUCGUUCACUGCUUUUGUCUGAGCCAAUACGGGCUGUCUGUGCCAGGUCUUUUCCAUAGUGGCAGUGUCCCCUCACUCCAGACCCCAGAGAGACCUUCAUCCCCUAGAUACUCACCACUAACUGGGCGGCGGGCAGGUUUGUUAUUGAGGAGAAAAGAAGAAGGGAGGAGUGAUGGAGAGAAUUUCCUUGUGUGUCAAGGCUGGUGAUGGGGACUUAAAAGCUCUCUAUGUGCCGCCUGAGAGACCCAAGCAUUUCUCCAAGGUCCUGCAGCAGAUCAGGGAGCGAGCAAGAAUGCCUUCUGGGGCAGGCAGGCAUCGUAAAAAACCUCCUGAAGUCCAAGCAGCAUCCUCAGCCACAGCCCAGGAGACGUCACCCAGGUCGCGAACUCUCAGUAGUCAGGGGGGUGCACUAUCAUCUAGUGGUGGCUCAUCAGAGUUAACAAGAGGGCGUAGCAACACAGCGCUGUCAAUCACUGACGAGGAAACAGCGGAGCUUGACUCGCUGGAUGGACUGAUACAUGACAAAGAAAAUCUUGAUGAAGUGGAUGCACAAGUCGUUGACUCAGAGAAAAUUGCCCAUGCCAUUGCUCGACUUAAAAGGAAGAUUGACAAAACGAAAGAACAAAUACGGCAGUUACAAGAAGAACGAGAUGAAUCUGUCAAAGAAUAUUUAGAAUCAACGGAGGUUGCACCUAAACAGAAGGUCAAGACAAAUUUUGAGCGAAAAAACCAAAAGACGAACGCCACCAUCUCUCAGCUGCAGAGAAAACUGCAAAAGUAUCAUAAAGCCCUUGUGGAUCUAGAGGAAAAUGGCACCAUUUCAUCAAGCCACAUUGCACGAGAAGUAUUCAAGGGCGUGAAAGAAAAUAUCAAAGGGAUCUCGGGGGGAGUAAAGGAUGGAGUGAUAGGGGCUGUAACAAAACCAUUGGAAAUCGCUAACCUGAUUAAAAACAGAUUUGGAAGUUCAGAAAAUGUUUCCACAGGAAUCCCAACUGCUCAGGGAAACAGGACAGACGGAUACGAAGACGAUCAAGGUAACCCGUCAACAGGAGACGAUGGCGAGCGCAUCACGGGAAGUGACUCCGACAACAAAAACUACCACAACCCUAACCUGAGUCCUCGGUACAACAGUGACGACGAUUCAUCAAGUGUCGCCUCAGCGACUCACGCAAGUAUACCUCCCCAACAUACAAGCCCGAGAACAAGUCUCCCUCCCAGCCCCCCGACGUCCUACGAACAUGACGUCAUGGACUUGCGAGAAACGCAGGCUCAACUGGUAAACACGGUGGAGUCAAUGAAGGAUCAGAUGGAGCUACUCGCCCGCUCAUUACAAGAGCAGAGAUUCAAAUCAGAGCAUCUUCAAUGCCAACUGAACGAUCUGACGUCACAGUGGAAUGACCUGACUGAGUUGCACCAGAACGAGAUGCUGAGCCUGAAGCAAGAGCUGGAGCGCGCCGAGGAGCGCAUGGAGUGCGUGGAGUACCGCUUGUCAGAGCGAGCAGGCGAGAUGGAGGAAGCACUGGAUAGCUACGUCACGCGGAUCUCCAAAGUAGAAGCCGUACAGCAGCAGAACCAGCAGAUGGUGGGGGCGCUGGACGAGUAUUUGGAGCAGAGUGUGCAUGCCAAGGCGCUGCUGUCCAAGUUCCUGAGCGUCGUGUUAGCUGUGCUGGCCAUUGUACUUAUCCUCUUCACUACUCUCGCCAGAAUCAUCGUGCCUUUCACUAGAACAAGGGGCCGGGCCUUUAUGACAAGUCUUGUCGUCAUCGCUAUCGCAGUCUUAUGGAGAUAUCAAGACAGCGAUACGGUGGUUGCUAUGACAACCUACAUAGAGCACCUUUUAGCGCCGGUCAAAAAGAGACUUUCCGGUUUCUCACUGUUUAGCUCCUUUUUUAGGGACGAGCCCUCGUGAUGCAUGUCAGCAGUUUAGAACACAGGCAGAUACUUUAGAUCAUUUUAUUUUAGUGUGCCAUUAAUAUUUAUCGUAGUUCAGACACUAUAAUUGAAUACGUAUAAAGUAUCUACCUGGGAAUUAAUUUGAUAUUCGAUCAGAAAUGCGGUUUUAAAUUGGUUUUAGAAUUAUUUGUGUUUUAUGAUCAGCGUUCGCUGGUCGUUUCGCUAACACGUGUAAAUAUAGGACAAUGAGUUCAAAAAGUGAAGAAAGAAAUUAUGGCAUUAUA